UUUACUUCGCUUUGCGCUCUGCUUUCCCGCUCUGCUUCGCACCUCCUCAAACAUGAUCACCGCACGGGGGCGUCGAUCCACAUUCCCUCAGGAUGACCCAUCCAGCGAGAGAGGAAGAGGAAGUGGAGCUGACCAUCGCACAACGUGCCCCGCCAUCCCGUAACGGCCGUCGACGGUGGAAACAGAGCGCACCGAUGAAGCCAGCCAGCCCCCAGAGCGCCAAAGUUCAACGUGGAGUCGCGCUUGAAGGACAUUUCGAACAGUUCAGGUUUCAGGUUCCGGUUCUUCCUCAUCUUCAUCAUCGUCGUAACGGGGGGAAACAUUUGCUUCUAGAACGUUUACAGUAGCGCAGUCUGCGCUUUCUCCCCGCUGCUGCUGCUGCCAUAGAACCGUUCGACUCUUCCUUUGCGUUGAAGCUGCUGUUCUGCUGCUACACGAAAAAAUGGUUCAACUAAAAACUUUACAUUCCCAUUUGCGCUCAAGCGCAUUGAUAAGCCGUCCACGUUUUUUUUUUAAUGGUUUCAAAUUUCGACAUCCUCGAGCGCGUGUUUUUCGUGUUUUUAUUUCAUGAUUUUUUGUUGUUGUUAUUGCUUUUUCUUUAAUGUUGUUUAUUCAUAGUGUUGUUGCUUUAGUUCUUUUGCUGCUGCUUCUGCCGGUGGUGCUUCGUGCUUCUUACCCACUGAUCGACCUUUUCAUAAACUUUCGCCCUAUCACUAACCGCGCGCUGCUCGGGCAGCAGCAGUCCGUGAGUCAAAGAUUUCAAAAAAUUCUGACCAAUUCGUCCAAUUAACAACGUUCUCUUCAGCAUCUUCUCGCUUCUCAGGACAGGGACGCUGUUGGACUGCCAUGUUGGUCCGAAGGCACGCUGGUGAUUAAGAUAAUGAGGUUCAAGACACACACCAACGGGGUUAGGCUUUUUUAUUCUUGCUUCAAUUUAAAGCGUCCGUGUAGGAUCCUUCGAGUGAAUACUGCUAAUUCCAAUGGAGCUCCAAAAUGUGUUGUUCUGUAAGAGGAUGAAAUGUCACUAUUCGAUCCACUACCCCGUUCAACAACGUACGAUCAUGGACAUCUCAGAAUUAUCACCCAAACGAUGACAACAAUAGCUCCUUAUCCUGCUACACACUACACACGCUUGCAGGAAUGAAUGGGAAAGCAUAAUCAAUCAAAGCAAUCCUCGCCAAUCUCGGUGACUCUCGGUUGACAGGCCGCUAGGGGCAGCUAGGGAUAUGUUGAUGGUGUUGGUUUUUGAUAACACCACCGAGUCUCCUGAUAGUAGCUCUUGCAAGCAGCAGGUGUGAUAAGCUAUCGGUUGCAUAAUUUGUACCACCUUCCCCUGCUGCUACUGCUGCUACUCCUCCUCCUCCACUGAUUACCAGCCGUAAGAUAAGCUAUAAAUGACUCAGCCGGAACGGCGCGGAAGUGAUCGAGUUUGACAGAUCGAUAACAACAGCCACCCGGAGGAUCCGGAGGGGGGAGGUUCGAGGCGAGGAUGGGGACAUGGUUGGCGAAUUUCCCAACCGCCACCUCAUUCGAACAGCUGUUGUGUGCUGAUAGGAAGCGGCACGGACAUUCCCUGAUGUCUGAUACCGCGGUACAACGUGGCGGACUCGGUGCAUCUUCCAAGCUCCCGAGCGUCACCAAAAGGAAGCCCUCGCGUGUACCGAUAGCUGAUUAGUAGUAAUCGGGCAAUACCCGGGGCGGGCGGGCCCGCGCGCGCUCGCGCGCUCAAUUCAACCAGUUAUCAACGGGGGGCAACCAGUUUUGUCGGCCGGCGGCCGUUGUGCAGUUCAGUCUUGUGCCGUUCGCAGAAACGGCCGGAGCCCAGCCACCGGUGGCGAGCUAGAAAACGCGGAAAACAUUCGGAACUCUCCUUCCUUCCAGGAGAUUAGUGCUACUUCCGCUAACAAGGCGCAACCAACGGGUACACCCAGAUCCGUCCGCGCAAUGGCGACCGCGAAGGAUAGUGCGGUGAUCGUGCGCCGGACGCAGCGGGACGAUCUGCCGGAAGUGAUCGCUAUGAUACAGGAGCUGGCUGACUUUGAGAAGAUGCCGGACGGACCGCAGCUUACCGUGGACGAUCUGAUACGGGACGGUGGAUUCGACGGGCGGCAAUCAGUCGAUGGUGAUGGUGGUGCCCCAGUGUUUCAUAGUUUUGUGCUCGAAGCUACUGCCGAUGCAGACGACCCGGACGGCCCGGCUAAUCAGGAACAGCUACAAACGUCAAUGCCGGGCCCGGCCAGCAAGCCAGCAAGACCUCUAACCCGCAAGCUGAUCGGAUACGCCAUUUGCUACUACUCGUACUCGACCUGGCAAGGAAAGUCGCUCGCACUGGAAGACAUCUAUAUCCGGCCGGCCUACCGGGGCAACGGGUAUGGGGAGCUGUUCUUCCGUGCCCUGGCCAAGCAUGCAAAGGAAAGUCGCUGUUCCAGGGUGGAUUUCCACGUGCUCAACUGGAACCCGGCCACCAAGUUUUAUCGUCGUAUGGGUGCGCUGGAUUUAACCGAAGCCGAGAGUUGGCACUUUUAUCGGUUGCAAAAGGAUGCCAUCGAUCGGCUGCUGGCAGAUGAUCGGCAGUAGGAAAGAAGGGAUCGGCUUUGCAUAGGAAACGAGUGUCAAGUAUUAUCGAGAAAUAGCAGGGCAGCACAGAGAUGACCCGUUUGGUGUAAUGAUGAACGCGCCGGUUUCUGAGAAAACCCUUCCUUAGUUCGAUUCCCAUCUUAGGACUAAUAGACUUUAUAAUUAUUCGGUCUUUGUAUUUAUAAGUAAGAUCUAGCAGAGACCUUUACUUAAAGGCAUCUGGGGUGGGGACAUGUGAUCAGAGUAUUACGGAUAUCGUUAACGCUCAAAGAAGAACAAGAAAAAACCCGGAUAUUCUAACUAAGAAAACAAAGGCAAGUGUUAGGAAAGAUAUUACAAUUUGUCUCAUUCCUCUUGAACAAUGGAUUGCAAAUAGAUUCUGUGAAAUGUUGUGCAAUAAGGGGAUUUAAAUCACUGUUAAUUCAUUAUGGUGAUUGUUAUGUUGUGAUAAGGCAGAGGAAGAAGAGAUGAAUUAGUAAAAUUUAGCAUCAGAUCCGGAUAAUAAUGACACAUUACCGUAGCCUUUUCUAGUCGCGGAAUAAUGUAUUAUUUCUCAACAUUAUGUACCCUCAUCUGACCAAUUGUCACAAACAUAAAGAAUUGAGGCGUAACUGAAAAGCAA